GGAAUGUCGAUUCUGUGGAGAUCCCAUCUGCGGCUGAUAUUCAUUUCUUGUUGAGUAGAAUUCCACUCUUCAAUGGGAGGCAAUUUGAGACAUGGAGCAAUAUGAUGAAGACUAUGCUUAUUUCCCAAGACCUUUGAUAUUUGGUGGAAGGAGGUUACACCACAGAAGAGCUUAGUGUUGAAGAAUUAGUCUAUGUUCAAAAGAAAGAUGCCACGGCGUUGCUUUUUAUCCAGCAAGCUAUAGACGAAUCUGUUUUCUCUUGCAUUGCCAAAGCAAGCAAUUCCAAACAAGCCUGGGAUGCCUUGCAAAAGAAGUACCAUGGCAUUGCAGAUGGACCUUGUUCAGAAAAGCAUGAUUCAAUGGUUUCAAAAGGAGAUUACUGUGAUGCAUCAGAACAAGGACAUCAAGCUAAUGCCCAAGAGCGAACUUCUAGUGUUGGCAGUGCUUUUGGUAGCAAGUCAAAGCACUCAGGGUAUAAUAUUGGGGACGAUUAUGGGGAUUUCAGAAGCAAUAGUUUUGUUUCUAAGAAAUGCUAUAAACGAAAUUCAUACAGUAGAGGUGGCAUAUGCAGGAAUAAUAAAAGCGUUAAUGACAACUGGAGAUGCCACAAAAGCCAAGAUAAUGGGCGGUUUAUCAAAAACCAAGGAUGUAACAACAGUUCUAUGUUUGGUGAUUAUAAAAGUAAGAAUCCAAAGCUUGAAUUGGCUUCUUCAUGGACUAGAGAUGUGAAUAAAUCUAAAGAAGCUUUGGAAGAACUACAACACAAACAACAAAAUAAUAUUAAGGUUGAAUCUCAAGUUGGGAAAUCCUGUGGUGGUCUAGACCAGUUCCGGACAUCUCUUUAUGUUAGUGAUCUUCAUGUGGAUGUAACAGAUUCACAGCUCUAUGGUAUCUUCAGCCAUUUUGGGCAAGUGGUCUCGGCUAGUGUAUGCACAGAUUUCACUAGCCACAAGUCUUUGUGUUUUGGCUAUGUGUCCUAUAGCAACCCAAAGGAUGCAUCCAGAGCGUUGGAGGUGCUUAAUUUCACUCCUUUCAAUGGAAAGCCCAUACAUAUAGUGUAUCCCCAUCAAGAUCCCUCAAUUUUGAAAAGUGGUGCUAAGGGCUUGUUUAUCAUGAAUCUGGAUAAGUCAAUUGAUGACAUGGUACUGCAAACUAUAUUUUCUUCAUUUGGGAACAUUGUUAUUUGCAAGGUGGCAGCUAAUGCAUCUGGUCUGUCUAAGGGGUAUGGUCAAAUAGAAUAUGACAGUGAGCAAGCUAUGCAGAAAGCUAUUGAGAACAUGAAUGGUGCUGUGUUGAAUAGAAAGGAAGUCUUCCUCAGGCCAUUUUGACAGCUAGCAAUGAGUAUUUGGUAGGGGUGGAAACCCAGAACUUAUGCGUUAUUUCUUUUUGGGGAACUUAUCUUAAGCUACUGCUGAUUAAAACUGAACUAGACUUGGGUUAAUCUUUGUAUUGUUGAAUUUGUUAAAUGAUUUUGUUAAGUAUGCAUUAGGGCAUCAUAUGGUAAAGGUCAUGAGUAUCUAUUUGAAGCGUAUAGCUUUCUUAAUUUGUCCUGGAUAGAAUAACUCCCUAAAUGUUUGACUUUUUGUCAACCUUUGAUUUUUUA